AUGGAGCAUGAGUACACAAAUUCGCGGUCCGUAUGGGCGGGAGAGAGCGAGUUCCCUUCAACAGCCGCCGCUUCCUCCGAUGGAGAUCUACAAGACUCAAAAGACUUCAGCUCGAUUAUUCAGGCACGCCAUACCCCCGGCGUCGUCGACCCUCGUCCUGCCGGAGGAGAGCAAGUUGGUCACCGGGGUGUCCCUAAAACGAAUGCACUGGCGGACGGUCGCCGGCAAAGGUACGAGCGCAAGCGAGGUGAUACCGGUCUUUUUAUUGCCGGCCUGAUUGCUCUCACUCUUAUGGGUGUGUAUGGCGCCAAACGUUUGGUCCGCGACCGCUUCACGGCGACGGUCAGUGCAGAGCAAAGCGCGCAUGAACUACAGGUGACGGCCGCUUCAGAAGCCCCUUCCCACCCCAAACCCGCGAGUCCCGACAAAGCAGUGCCUGCAAAUCAGAGUGACAGUGGGAUUGAAGUAACUAGGGAGCCUGUCAAUGCAGCUAUCGAAAAGGAAGCGUCAGUUCUGCGCGAUUUUAUGGACAGGAUGCCGUGGAUGAACUUCAUCAUUCUGCACUAUCCUCUUAUAAUUGCCUUAUAUUCCCCUGUGGUGGCCCUUGUCGCAUGCAUGCUGACGUUUUAUUUUCGAGAGGUGCCCGGAGCACUCGACCGAGCCUUCGGCAAGAAGCUAGUUAACAGUGUGGUCAGCACAGCGAGAGUCCUUCUCGGCAGUGCUGGGACGGCGCUCGAGUCCCUGGCAAAUACUAGGAGCAAGAAGCCAAAGCGCAAAGAAGGGGGAUCCGAUAGGGAGAAUCCCGGCAGAAUCAGCUGA